CAUACAAACUAAAGCGCCUGGACGGGGACAUCAGGUGGGUUUCGAUGGAGUCGCAACCCUUCAGCUCCCAGCAGGCCACCAGCAAUUUGACCCCCAUGUCUCCCAACCUGAAUGGAGGAGGAUAUUUGUGAUCGGAGCUACGGGCAGCGGCGGAUUCCAGCCACCAGCUGGUGCCCUCAGCUCAAGCGCUGCUUGGCUGCGUUGAUCCACGCGAAUCGACACCGGUGGCUCGCUUUGCUUUGUCAUUUUUUUUUGCUCUCCUUGGGGGACUUGUUUCUUUCUUUCUUUCUUUCUUCUUCUUCCCUUUUGUCCGGUAUUCGUUCGGAUGCUCGCUUUUUCCUCUCUUCGUUCUUCAUUGUUUCGCCACAACGAACGCUAUCCCUUUUCCCUCGCACCCUCUUUUCUCUCAACAUAUGUCAUCAUCCAAGCCAAAACUGGCCUAACAGGGUCUCCUCGUGGAAAUUUCUACAACAAAGGGAGGGGUGGGGAGGGGUGUGCAUGCCUGCACAAGUGCUAGUGCAGUCUUGUUGGAAGUACAGUACGAGUACAUACGAGAUGUCAGGGCUCUUGUUCAACUUGAGAUUCUCACACCCCUCCCCUGCGGGGCCAGGAUUACCAGAGAACAACAGCAAAGCUUCGAUAGUCCUUCUAGCGCGCUUCUCCCGCCCUUCCCCCCUUGGUCAGCCACCGAAACGGCUCGGUCAACUUCGGCCAAUUUCUUCAAACUUGAUACUCGCUAUUUUCGCUGCUCCGCUGCCAUAAACCCACCGCAUAAGGCACAGCUGUCCAACCAGCGUCUGGAGCGGUCCGGUGGGCUGUUCUAUUUUUCAGCCCUUUAGGAGGGGACAGGAGGGUCGUUGCUAGGUUGGUGCAUGCAGGAAGCGGAUAUGCUCUGCUCUCUGGACCAGGAGUCCCGGCGCUCUUCAGUGGGUUUGUCCUCCUCAACAAAGCACGCGGCGGAUCGAAAGGAGAGUGAGAGCAAAAAAGAAGAUACUUGUACGCCCCUCCCUCUGAGAAAUGAUGAGACGCUCAAAACUGGGUCGUUGUGCCUGCUUGUACCGUUUGUACCCUCAUGUACCGUGCCGCUUGACAUCUCCAUACCGCUGUUUAAGUUUUUUCUUCUCUUUUGACAGCUUAUACCUUUUUGGGCCAUUGCUACCCAGCUAGAACCCGCUGUGUGCUUCUUUA